AUGGCUCAUGCAGUGGGAUUUUUCCCAACACUUCUUUCCCUAAUAUGUGCUGUUACCUUUCCUACUUCAAUAUCAACUCCCCACUUCUCAAAUGAAACUGAUAGAAUCGCCCUGUUAGAUUUCAAACACUGGAUUAUUUCUGGUGAUUCCAAUGGAGCAUUACUUAGCUCCUGGAAUGACUCCCUGCACCAUUGUCUUUGGCAAGGAGUGAGUUGUGGUCGUCGACACCCACGAGUUGUGGCUUUGAAGCUUCCUGAUAUGGGGUUGGGGGGAACCAUAUCUCCUCAAAUUGGAAACCUCACAUUCCUCCGGGCUAUUGAUCUUGGUGGCAAUGGAUUGCAGGGCCAAAUCCCUGGAGAAAUUGGCCGUUUGUUUCGACUAAGACACCUCAACCUGUCUGUCAAUGCCCUAACAGGAGAGCUAGUUGCCAUUAAUCUUGGCAACUGUUCACAACUCAGGAGAAUCUGUCUUUAUGAAAAUGGCCUCCAAGGGAAUCUCCCUACAGAUUUGUCCAAUCUGAAGAAAAUGCAAAGAUUUUCCCUGGGCACUAACCAAUUUACCGGUGGGAUUCCUCCAAGUUUUGGGAAUUUUUCAUCACUCAUAUUGCUGGCUUUGCAUCAGAAUCAUCUAAAGGGAAAUUUUCCACAUGAGAUUACACAGUGCUGGGGUUUAACACAUAUUUUUCUUGCUGUCAACAAUCUGAGUGGUACAUUUCCUUCUGCUUUCUUCAAUAUGACUUUCUUGGAAAUUGUUUCAAUGACUGAUAACUCGUUUGAAGGGACCAUUCCAAGCUACAUAGGAGACACCAUGCCAUACUUGAGGACAUUCUAUUUGGACAUCAACAAAUUUCAUGGAACUAUCCCUACUUCAUUGUCCAAUGCGUCCAAGCUUGAGUUUCUUGAUAUAUCGCAAAACUAUUUUGUAGGUAAAGUUCCAGAUGAUAUUGGAAAAUUUAAAGAUCUCUGGGUUUUUAAUCUUAUGAACAAUCUUCUAGGUAGCACCGGGGUCCUUGAUGACUUGGCUUUUAUAUCCUCUCUAUCAAAUUGUAGUAAUUUAGGAGUACUUCUCCUACGUAGAAAUAGAUUUGUCGGUAAAUUGCCAAACACCAUAGCUAACCUCUCAUCCCAACUCACUCUUUUAGACUUAAGAAACAAUAAGUUAUAUGGGCCAAUUCCAAUAGGAAUAAAAAAUCUCGCUAGCUUGACUGGUUUAGCCCUAGGAAAAAAUCAUUUUUCUGGUGUUAUUCCUAGCAAGAUAGGUGAAUUGCAACAAUUACAGGGUUUGAGUUUAGAACAAAACCAGUUCUCGGGAGAAAUACCACAUUCUCUGUAUAACCUUACCUCGUUAGCUGGGCUUGAUAUUCAUAGCAAUAAUUUAGAUGGCAAUAUACCUUCAAGUGUGGGAAACUUUUGGGAUAUGAAUGAAUUGUACUUGUCACAUAAUAGGCUCAAUGGCACAAUUCCUCAACAAAUUUUUGAGUUGCCAUCUUUGUCUAAGUACCUUGACCUUUCAAGUAAUUCAUUCACUGGUUCGUUAUCUCCUGCCGUGGGAAAAUUGAAAGCACUAAAUGCAUUAGACAUCUCCAAGAACAAAUUGUCAGGAAAAAUUCCAGAAACAAUUGGGGAUUGUUUGGGCAUUGAACAUCUUGAUAUGCAUGCCAAUCUCUUUGAAGGAAAAAUCCCACCUUCUUUGAUUUCCUUAAAGAGCAUUAGGUAUUUGGAUAUCUCAAGCAACAAGUUGACUGGAGAGAUACCCAGAGAAUUCCAAAACCUCCACUUCUUGCAACAUUUGAACCUUUCGUUCAAUGAUCUAGAAGGGGAGGUACCAACAGUUGGAGUGUUUGCCGUGGCAACCAAUGUAUCAUUGCUUGGAAACAAAAAGCUAUGCGGUGGUGUAGCUGAGCUAAAGCUGCCUCCAUGUCCUGUGAAGAAAACAAAACAUAAAAAGCAUGUAAAGCUUAUGAUUGUUAUCUUCACGUGUGCUAGUGUGGCUUUAGUCAUUGCAUCCCUUCUUGUCUUUCUAACACUGCAUCGGAGGAAAGAAAGGACGGGGUCUUCUAAGCUAUCCAAGGUUGGAAAGCUAUCCAAGGUUGCCUACAGUGAUCUACAUCGAGCGACAGAAGGUUUCUCUGAGAAAAAUUUGAUUGGUUCUGGAAGUUUUGGCUCUGUUUACAAAGGACUAUUUGAGCAAGGUGGAGAACAAAUAAUUGCAGUAAAGGUACUUGACCUUCUAAAAAAUGGAGCUUCAAAGAGCUUUCUUGCAGAAUGUAAAGUGUUGAGGAACAUACGCCACCGAAAUCUCGUUCCAAUUUUGACAUGCUGCUCGAGCUGUGAUUUUGCAGGUAAUGAUUUCAAAGCUCUAGUUUAUGAGUUUAUGGAAAAUGGAGAUUUGGAUACGUGGUUGCAUACACAUUCAACUAAUGCAAGAACAAAUGUUCUAAGUGAUCUUCAAAGGUUAAACAUUGCAAUUGAUAUAGCUUCUGCAUUGCAUUAUCUCCAUGAUGAUUGUGAACCAACGGUUGUUCAUUGUGAUCUAAAACCAAGUAAUAUUCUGCUUGACAAAAACUUAACUGCUCAUGUUGGAGACUUUGGAAUAUCAAGGCUUUAUUCACGUGCAAUUGGAGAUCCAGUUGGCGAACAAACUAGUACCAUUGGAUUAAAGGGGUCAAUUGGUUAUGUACCACCAGAGUAUGGGAUAGGAGCAAAAGCAUCAACUUUUGGAGAUGUAUAUAGCUUUGGAAUCCUUUUGCUAGAAAUGUUCACAGCUAAAAGACCCACGGAUGAUUUAUUCAAUGGUGACUGUAGCAGUCUUUAUGAGUAUGUGGAGAUGGCGUUGCCUGAGCAAGUGAUAGAGAUAGUAGACCCGUUGCUAUCAGCAUGCCUAGAAAGCAGUCGUGGAAUAACACCGGAUGUAGAGUUGGAGAAUGAUGGCAAUUUGGUGGAAAUUGAAGAGAGCAAGGUGCAUAACUUCUUCCUCUCCAUCUUCAAAAUUGGGCUCACUUGUGCUUCAAGAUCACCAAUGGAUCGCAUGCAUAUGAAUGAAGUGAGCAGGGAAUUACAAAAGAUUAAGAAGGCCUUCUUUGCAUAA